GGGGAACAGAGAGCGCCAGGCAUGGACCCCCGGCGCGGAAAGGCCACGCGGACAGCCUCGAAGGCCGGAGCCGCCGCGCCCAAGGCACAAGGAGUGAAGGGUCCCCCGACGGAGCCCAGCGAACCUCCCGCCGCCCUUGGGACAGCCCGGCCCAAAGCACAGAAGUGCGGCCGGGUCGGGGCACCUGGAUCUGGGCGUAAGAAGCGUGCCCCGGGCUCUCCCGAGAGACCACCGGUGCGCGCGCGGAAUGCCUGUGCCAAAAAGGCGCCUCUGGGUGCUGAGGACGCGGUGGAGGGGCUGGCGGUUCCGGCGGGGAAGCUGGCACCUCCUGCGGCCCCGGGGCCGCCCCUUCCCAGGACUGGAUCUCGCCGCGAGAGGGGCGCGCGCGCCCCUCUGGAGCAGAGAACCCUGCCAGAGCCCACGGAAGUCUCCGGCCUCGGCCUCGGCCUCGGCCCGCUGGUUCCCGCCUCGAGACUCAGGAAGAAGGGGGCGGCGCCGGGCGCCUGGAAGCCCCGAACUGUGCUGGAAAAGUUGAAGCUGAGGCGCCAGGAAAUCUCAGUGGCGGCGGAGAUUGUGAACCGGGUUGUGGACCACCUGCAGCGGAGAUUGCAGAGCUGCGAGUCCGAGUUCCAGGGUGUCUCGCGGCUGUGCACCGGAAGCUACUACGAGCGCGUGAAGAUUUCUUCUCCUAAUGAAUUUGAUAUAAUGUUCAAACUGGAGGUCCCCAGAAUUCAGCUAGAAGAAUAUUGUAACAGUGGUGCUUAUUACUUUGUGAAGUUCAAAAGAAAUCCUAAAGGAAAUCCUCUGAUUCAGUUUGUAGAAGACGAAAUAUUAUCAGCUUCUAAGAUGUUAUUCAAGUUUAGGAAGAUCAUUAAGGAAGAAAUUAAAAACAUUCAAGGUAUCGAUGUCAUUAUGGAGAAGAAGAAGAGGGGGAGCCCUGCUGUAACACUUCUUAUUAGAAAACCCAAAGAAAUAUCUGUGGAUAUAAUCCUGGCUUUGGAGUCAAAAAGCAGCUGGCCUGCUAGCACCCAGGAAGGAAUGCCCAUCAGUCAGUGGCUUGGAACAAAAGUUAAAACCAAUUUAAGGCGACAGCCAUUUUACCUGGUACCCAAGCAUGCGAAGGAAGGAAAUGGUUUUCAAGAAGAAACAUGGCGGCUCUCCUUCUCUCACAUUGAGAAGGACCUCUUGAAAAGUCAUGGACAUUCUAAAACAUGCUGUGAAACUGAUGGAAUAAAAUGUUGCAGGAAAGAUUGCUUAAAACUAAUGAAGUAUCUCUUAGAACAAUUGAAAGUGAAGUUUAGACACCGAAAGGAACUGGAAAAAUUCUGCUCCUACCAUGUGAAAACUGCCUUCUUUCAUGUCUGUACCCGGGACCCACAAGACAGUCAGUGGGACACCAGAGACCUAGAGCUCUGCUUUGAUAAGUGUGUGACAUACUUUCUUGAGUGCCUCAAGACGGAACAACUGAAGCAUUAUUUUAUUCCCGGAUUCAAUCUUUUCUCUCGGGACCAAAUUGACAAAAUAAAUAAAGAAUUUCUAUCACAGCAAAUUGAAUAUGAAAGAAAAAAUGGAUUUCCAGUUUUUUAUGAAUUUUGA